CCUUCGCUGUGUUUCAGUAUUAGCUUCAGUUUUAACAUUAGAUUUAAAGUACGCGCCGCUGAGAAACUUCAGUAAGCGGCAUUUUUAACCGUUUUUAUUGUUUUAUUGUUAUUUUAAGCGGCAGGUUCGGGUCACGGGCUCUGCUGGAGCUCAUCUUCUCAUCACCCUGGCGCUUACCAGUUAUGAUGGCAGCUAUCUCCCCAAGGAGGAAUGUAAAUUUAUCCAUAAAGUUCUUGAAGAUCUGGAUGCCUUUCAGCAGAAAGAUAAUGAAAAAAGCGUCCUGCUGUUCCCACCUCUCCCAAAUCGGCUUCGCUUCCUUAUCCACCAGGCAGCAGAGAAGCACCCGAACCUGAGCACGUUCUCUGUUGGGGAGGACUGGAGCCGCAGGGUCGUUGUCUGCCACGCCCACCUCAGGUUAAUGCCCAAGCUGGACAGCAGUGACACGGACAGUAGUUUAUACGAACAUCCGUACGGUUCGGACCGGCGGAGGCAGGGACGAUCAGGCGGUCGGGCCGGGCACAGGUACAACCACAGCAGAGGAAACAGGAGACCAGAUAAAGCCAUCUACGUCCCCCGGGCUUUGAGACAGAAGCUGUCUGAAAGUUCUGAUGGUUCUAAUGGGCCCAGUCGCACUUCCUCCAGCAGCUGCCUCAGUGCCACAGAGGAGUCCAGCUCCAACACUACAGAUCUCCCCGCAGAGCCCCCCUCAGGCAAUCAGGAGCCAGCAUUUUACAGCACUGACGAAUCGGUGAGUGAGCCGGACUUGUUUACAGAGGGUUCCAGGUCAAGAAUGCAGCCCUGGCCUCCAGCCUGGCAGCAGACCGUCUCCUGCUUUACGAAGAUGAGCUUGGAGGAUGGAGCGGAGCGAGACUGCAGUAAUGAAAUCAUCAUGCCCACAGAACCAUCCAGCCAACCACAGAGCAGCGAGGAGAUCAGCGACAUCUACUCCGAGAUCACGGCGCAGCUGCAGACGGGCGAGGUGAUGAUGGAGGAAGCGCAGUGUGAUUACUCCAGCUUCCAGAACAUGCAGGUUAACAUCACUGAAGAGUUCGCUCACAUCAUCGAGAUCUACGGCUUUCCAGCCAUAUUCAAAACCGACGACCUGCUGAGCGCUUUCGCCAGCUACAGUGAAGGAGGGAUGAAGAUUAAGUGGGUGGAUAACACUCAUGCUCUUGGAGUGUUCUCAAGUGCAUCAGCAGCAACACAGGCUCUUUCCAUUAAUCACCCGUUACUAAAAACCAGGAUGUUGUCCAACGGGAGCAGAAAGUCGAAGUGUAAAGCAGUGAGACGAGCAGAGUUCAUUCAGCCGGUGAAGGAGAGGCCGCCCACGGACACGGCGGUGGCCAGCAGGAUGGUGACCAGAGCUCUGGGCCUGAGGGGCGGAUUCAGAGGAAAACGCUGCUGACCGUGUGUUUUAUGUCUGUUUUGUUCGUUUGUUUUAUGUUUUUAUGAAGUUGUGAAACUUGUGCACUUCCCUGACAACACAGAAUAAAGUCGAGUAUUUGGUUUUA